AUGGCCACGGCCUCUGGCGGCUUCGGUUCCUUGGCCUUUCUCCCCGUGGCCGUUGGCUUCGCCCUCGGAGCGGCGUUCGUCUACCUGGCCGACCUCCUGAUGCCUCACUGGGGUGCAGAGGAAGACCCGCAGACGGCCCUGGCACUGAACUUGGAUCCUGCGCUGACGAAGAAGUCCGACACGGAGGGUGCCAGGAUGCUCUUCCCCGAGAGCGAACUUUCCAUUCGGAUAGGUAGAGCUGGGCUUCUUUCAGACAAGAGUGAGAACGGCGAGGCCUGGCGGCGGAUCGCGCUGCUCAUCCUGGCCAUCACCAUCCACAACAUUCCAGAGGGUCUUGCGGUUGGAGUUGGAUUUGGGGCCGUAGGGAAGACGGCAUCUGCCACCUUCGAGAGCGCCAGGAAUUUAGCCCUUGGAAUUGGGAUCCAGAACUUCCCGGAGGGCCUCGCUGUCAGCCUGCCCUUGCGAGGGGCUGGAUUCUCCACCUGGAGAGCCUUCUGGUACGGGCAGCUCAGCGGCAUGGUGGAGCCUUUGGCCGGAGUCUUCGGUGCCUUCGCGGUGGUGCUGGCCGAGCCCAUUCUGCCUUACGCGCUGGCCUUUGCUGCCGGCGCCAUGGUCUACGUGAUUAUGGAUGACAUCAUCCCCGAGACCCAGAUCAGUGCACCAGACGCUUGGGAGCGGGCGGAGAUCGUGGUUUCAGCACCACGGACAGCGGCGCACCCGCCUCCGGCGCCCCCGCCGCCAGCCAGCUUCCUACCCCGACCUUACCGCCGCCGUGCGCUCCGGGAGCCGGUGGCCGCGCUCUGCGCCGCCGCCGAGGGACUGCGGGGUCUGCCUCGGCCCGCCUCCGGGGAGGGCGGCUGCGGGCGGGAGACUCGCCCGCCGGAGCUCCAAGCCUUUUCGGCUUUCGCGGGGGCUGCAGCGUCUCGUCGACUGAGAACAAGUCCCCAAGUUGGCGUGGGGGGCGCCCCUGCCUUCCUCCUCCUCUUCCUGCGCGGCGACCGCAGCAGAAGCACGCCUCGGGAGCCCGGUUGA